AUGUUCACUCACUAUGAAUUUAGCUCCAAGUUUCUUUUCUCUCUCUCUCUCUCUCUCUCUCUAUCUCUCUCUCUCUCUUUCUCUUUCUCUCACUUUCUCUCCUACUCUCUCUUUUUUACUCUCCCUUUCUCACCCACUUUCUCUUUAUCUUUCUUUCUCCUUUUCUCUCUCUCUUUUUAUCUUUCUUUCUCUCUCACUCUCUCUUUAUGUUGUCGCUCUUUCUCUAUGUCUAUCUCUCUCUUUUUUUAUCCCUUCCUCUUUCUCUCUCUUUCACUUACUUUCUCCCUUUCUCUUUCUCUCUCUUUCUCUCACUUUCUCUCCUACUCUCUCUUUUUUACUCUCCCUUUCUCACCCCUUUCUCUUUAUCUUUCUUUCUCCUUUUCUCUCUUUUUCUCUUUCUUUCUCUCUCACUCUCUUUUUAUGUUGUCUCUCUUUCUAUAUCUCUAUUUCUCUUUCUCUCUUUUUUAUCCCUUUCUCUCUCUCUCUCUCUUUCCUUCUCUUUCUCCCUCUCUCUUUCUCUGUCACUUUCUCGCACUUUCUCUCCUACUCUUUCUUUCUCUCUCCCUUUCUCACCCACUUUCUAUCUAUCUUUCUUUCUCCUUUUCCCUCUCUCUCUUUUUAUUUUUCUUUCUCUCUCACUCUCUCUUUAUGUUGUCUCUCUUUCUCUAUCUCUAUUUCUCUUUCUCUCUUUUUUAUCCCUUUCUCUCUCUCUUUCACUCUCUUUCUCCCUCUCUCUUUCUCUGUCUCUUUCUCUCACUUUCUCUCCUACUCUUUCUUUCUCUCUCCCUUUCUCACCCACUUUCUAUAUAUCUUUCUUUAACCUUCUCUCUCUUUUUAUCUUUCUUUCUCUCUCACUCUCUCUUUAUGUUGUCUCUCUUUCUAUAUCUCUAUUUCUCUUUUUUAUCCCUUUUCUCUCUCUUUCACUCUCUUUCUCCCUCUCUCUUUCUCUGUCUCUUUCUCUCACUUUCUCUCCUACUCUUUCUUUCUCUCUCCCUUUCUCACCCACUUUCUAUCUAUCUUUCUUUCUCCUUUUCCUUCUCUCUCUUUUUAUCUUUCUUUCUCUCUCACUCUCUCUUUAUGUUGUCUCUCUUUCUCUAUCUCUAUUUCUCUUUCUCUCUUUUUUCUUUAUCCCCCACCCUAUCUCUCUCUCUCUCUCUCUCUCUUCGCCUCAGAUUUCUUGAAUCCCACAUAUCCAAAAGUUUUCUGAUGCCUUUCACCCUAACAACGAUGUUAUUUUUUCUCAAUUUCUCUCCUCUUUCAGUGGCUUUUUUCUCUUGA